AUGGCCCAACCACAGCCCCAGGUCCCGCAGAGGACGUUUUCGCCUGCGUCGCAAAUGGCGCCGUCUCCGGUGUCCCACCCCGGAACUCCCUUCUCUGGCCAGCCGCCGGUCAAGAAGCCUCGUCUCUCUCCUGCGCCUUCGCCUCAAGAAUUGACCCAAUCAGGCGCGACGUUUUCUCCUAUACCGGGGAACAACCUUCUCACUAACAACAACAGCCCGGCCACGCCUGGCACGCCCAACUCGCUGGCCUCGCCGACGCCGACUUCCAUCUCCGCACCCAUGACGCAUGCGCCUGGCGGCUUGCCCUUGCCCUCUUCCGUCUCACCUCCCACGACUGCAUCGCCCAUCUCGGCGCCGCCUUCGCUACCCCCGACAGGUGGCCACGGAACCUACAGCGCUUCGACCCCGAACGGUACGGGCCACGGAACCCCCACGAUGCAGCACCCCUCGACGCCGUCUCAGAUGUUCUCGCCCCGGUCGCAGGGACAGAUGCCCGGCGUGAUGACGCCGACAGGACCUCCCACACCGUCUGGACCACCUCUUCCACAUAUCGCCCCCGCGCCGAUCCCUCCGAACGCCUCGGCCGCGAAUGCGUUUGCAGCAAUGGCAGGGUCGCCUGUAGUGCAGACGCCGACUGGUGUGAUGGGGCCGCCGUUGAAGCCGGCUGACCGGCAGGCCAAGGAAUACCAGUACGACGUUGAUGACUCGCUUGCGGGUACGGGUAUCGACUUGCGGCAGGAAGAGCAGUUCCAGGCAGACUACUUCGCCGGCUCGUUUCGCCAAGAGGCACGGACGGGCUUUCCGGCUAACGCACCCGGACGGCGCAGCUCAUUCUACGGCGCGCUUGUAGCCAACCAGCCGGUGCAGACUGCUGCUGAGGUCGACCAGCAGAAGGCAGUGACGGCAAUAGCGAAGGCGAAGUGGGAGGAGUCGGCGCGGACGCUGGCCGUUCAGCGCAGCAAUGCGCUGCGCAACCCUCUCCUAGAGCUGAACGUGCUGCAUGCACGAGUGGACAAGAUUGCGAGAGAAUACGGCAUCGGAGUCAUAUUGGACCCGAAGCCUAAUGCGUCGGGCACAGUCAAGCUACGACAAGAUGUGGACUUCCCACAGCCACGGCUGACGGUGUCGACAAAACGUGGACCGGAUGGAGUGACAAUGGUGACAACGAGCGGGACGUUUCUCCCAGAAGACACGUACCUUGCAGACCAGUUUGCUCUGCUGUCGCUGGCAGCCAAGCAUCGGAUCCGUGAACUGCUGGAGGAUGCUAACAAGGUGGCGGUGACGCGUCAGCGCACGUCGCAUGGAGUGGUUCCAGAUGAGUGGAUAGAUGCGGCGGCACCGCUGAGCGGCACGACUGCAGGCAAGGGGGACGACGGGAGUGCGAACGGCUCCCGUUCGAACUCGCUGAAGCGCCCCCUUGAAGCAGAUGGCGACGAAGCCACGAGCGCGGAGGCUGCAAAGUCGACGGUGCCGGCUGUGAACACACUGGCGCAGAGUCUGCGGGUUGUGGGAAGAGAGGAGCGGGAGUUGGAGGAGAAGCGGCUGCUGAAGCGACAGAGGCGGGAAGGCAAGAUAGAUUUGGGACCGACAACAGCGACGCCGCGGGCAGGGACACCAGGAACGCCGGGCUCGGUGGCGCCGGAGCCAGACAAGCCACCGACGAAGAAGGAGCAGAAGAAGAACGCGGCAGCCAAGAUGACGGAGCAGAACGACACUCUGAGCGCGAACCGCACGAGUAUGGCAUUUUUGGGAGGCCGCAAGAAGCAGUACUCGUGGAUGUCGGGCGGCUCCUCGACACCGAAGCGGGGCUUCUCGGCCGGAGGUGGGAUGGGAGGGGGUGGUGGUGGGCCGGGCGGACCAGGGGGAGGAGCAGCAGCAGGCGGGAUGGGCGGUGGUGGUGCAGGUGGUGCAGGUGGACGUCGGCCGGGCGAGCCGGCGAUGCUGACGGGCGAAGGCCGGACACGACUGGGAACAUGGCGAGAGGAUGGACCGAAGGGACAGGACAUCCAGCUGCGGGAUUGGGUUGUGGUCUUGGAGGCCGACGGACGAGAGCCAUCAGCGCUGCAGCAGGCAUACAGCCGACUGGACGGGCCGGUGGCAUCGAAGCCGACGGCGUGA